GUUCUCAGAAGAGUUUUUUCUUUCACGUUAUCGAUUUUAUCCAACACGUUGCUAACGUUCACUUCUACCCCGACGUGUAGCAAACCCAAAGAGUCACCGUAGCAGGUCAGGAUGCUCCGUCGUGUCGCCACCGUCUGCGCUGUGCGUAGUCGCCUCUCGCUGGUCACCGCCGCCUCCGCCUCCCCCGCGGCAGCGUCGUUGCGCUUCACCUCGGCUCGCUGGGCCGCCACGGACGCCGCAGCGAACGUCAGAAACAGCAACAACAACAACAACAACAACAACAACGGUUACCGUCAGCGCUCUCGCCGCCCCGACCUCCCGCCCGCCUUCGAUAUCGUACACUGGAACGACGAGGAUGUGAGCCGUGGACACCUCCUCCGCGUGUUGCACCGCAACGGCUACAUCGCUCUCGACUACCACCGCCAGAAGCACACCGCGGCGCCGGCCGGGGACGCCCCCGCACGCCGCGAGAACCGCGCAGAGAAGGUGGUGACGGUGACGCUGCCGCCCGUGUACGUCGCGCGCUUCCUCGGCGUGCUGGAAGGCCGCAUGGACAAGGUGGAUGUGCAGUCCCGCUUCACGAACGCGACCUUUGCGCCGAACGCGGCGAAGGGGAGGCACCACUACACGCUGCACUGCACGUCGAUGCGGCCGACAACCGGGCAGAUGCAAACCGCUGACGGCGCGGAUGUGCAGGAAGAGACGGUGGAGUGGACGGUGGAGCUGGAUGCAGCGGAGUCGUUGAUGCUGCACCGCUUCCUGACGCAGGCCCUGCACCACAACUCCGGCUUCGGGCGCGACGCGUGA